AUGCCUUACCCAUUCUUCUCUUUCUGUCUCUUUCACCGAAUCUUUUUCUUUCUAUUGCCUUAUCUCUUUUUCUGUCCCUUUACUAAUACCUCUCUCGUUCUAUCUCUCCCUUCUCUUUCCAUCCCCGUUUUCUCCUCUAUAACUUCCCUGUCUCUCUUCUAUGUCUUUCUCCCAUCUCUCACUUUGUAUCCCUUCACAUUCCUCUCUCUCUCUCUCUCUCUCUCUCUCUCUCUCUCUGAUUUGCUGUUUUUCUAUUUCAUAUUCAACAAGGAUCCCUUAUCAGACAAGAUUUUGGCGUAUACAUCAAGUGGUUAUAUCGAAGAACUAACCAAGAAAUAUUUUCUACGAAAGGGCUGCGAUCCCCAGUGGGGGCACACACUUGAAAUCAAAUAUGGACCUCAACACACUGCCGGCCUCUUCGUUCUGCUAAUAGUUGCUAUGACCCUCUCCGUUCUCCUAAUGGUGGGUGAAUACGUUUUAUUCAAGUACCUCAUUCCUUUUCUCAGAAAGAAGCCAGUCUGCAGCCGAUGGAGAAGCAUCAAUAUUAUGUUCCUCAGCCAGGUAAGAAACAUUCUCAUUCAAGUUGCUAUAAAGUUAUAUUAA